CUACUGCGGCUGGCUCAGAAUAACAAGGCAGUUCGCUAAUACCCGUCUAUUGGGGGUUUUCUCCGAUACACCGAGAGAGCUAAAAAAGCUAGCGAGGCUGCCAAGCACAUUGCACAGUCCAAGUUCCGCAACCCAGCAUGGCUUCGGGAGACCUUUACGAGGUGGACAGAAUAGUAGACAAGCGGAAAAACAAGAAGGGGAAGUGGGAGUACCUGAUCCGGUGGAAGGGCUACGGCAGCAACGAGGACACCUGGGAGCCGGAGCACCACCUCCAGCACUGCGAGGAGUUCAUCCACCAGUUCAACGCCCUGCACAUCCACAAGGACCGCCGGCCUAAGCAGCAGGGCAAGCACAGCGGGGGGCCCCGCUUCCUCAGCCGGACGGGGCCCGGCGAGGCGGUCAGGGGCCGGGGGGGGGAGCGGCGCAAGAGGAAAAAGCCUGGAGCAGCCGGGGCAGCCGGCGUGCAAAAGCAGAAGAGGAUCGGUGCCGCGAAUAAGCAGGCCGGACACAGGGUGACCAAGGCCAUGACCUACAGGAGCACGCCUGGCGGCCUGCAGUUCGUGUCCGUCAGGAAGCCACACAAUGGACUACAGAAUGGGGACCUGGUGGACACUCCCCCUUUUGGCGACACCACCGGAGCACACAAAAUCCCCACCGACACUGUGGACCAAAUGCUGGAGCUCAAUGUCAGCAAAACACCCCUUGUGAAUGAAUUAGGACCUACACUCUCGAAUGGUGGAAUUAAUUUGCAUAGUUCUGUGAAGCGGAAAAUGGUAGAAGAUAAGGGCUAUGUGUUUGACAAGAGACUGAGGUACAGUGUCCGGCAGAACGAGAGCAACUGCCGCUUUCGGGACAUCGUGGUGAGGAAAGAAGACGGCUUCACGCACGUACUGCUAUCAAGCCAAACAUCAGACAACAAUGCACUAACUCCAGAGAUAAUGAAGGAGGUGAGCAGGGCACUGGGAAACGCAGCAGCAGACGAUAGCAAGCUGCUGCUCCUCAGUGCGGUGGGCAGCUACUUCUGUAGCGGCGUCGAUCCCUCCUACCUUAUAGGCCGGCUGUCCACAGAUCGGCGGAAAGAGAGCAGCCGGAUUGCUGAGGCCAUACGGGACUUUGUGAAAGCGUUCAUUCACUUUAAGAAGCCAAUCGUGGUGGCAAUCAAUGGGCCGGCCCUCGGGCUGGGAGCCUCCGUCCUUCCACUGUGCGACAUCGUGUGGGCCAGCGAGAAGGCCUGGUUCCAGACACCGUCGGCCUCCAUCCGGCUGACCCCAGCCGGCUGCUCGUCCUACACCUUUCCUCAGAUCCUGGGCGUGGCCCUGGCGAAUGAGAUGCUGCUCUGCGGGAGGAAACUGACCGCCCAGGAGGCCUGCAGUCGGGGACUAGUGUCCCAAGUCUUCUGGCCAACCACCUUCAGCCAGGAAGUAAUGCUACGAGUGAAGGAAAUGGCUAACUGCAGCGCUGUGGUUCUGGAGGAGUCCAAAUGCCUGGUUCGCAGCUUCUUGAAGUCUGUGCUGGAGGAGGUGAACGAGAGGGAGUGUCAGAUGCUGAAACAGAUGUGGAGCUCAACCAAAUUCCUGGAGUCUCUUUUCACCUACCUACAGGAAAAGGUCUAUGAUGUCUGAAUUCCUCUUUUCACCAAAACAGCAGGGUCAUAUCUCUACAACCCGAGUCAGGAACCUUUGGCAACCUGCAGAACACCUUCUAAAAUAUCUGAACAUGCCCUCCCACAAAUUACCGUGGCAAUAUUGACAGGCAUCACCCAAUCACCAUCCUCUAUGAGUGGUGUCUCCCCCUUGUGGCAGGAAAAGGACAUACAGGAAAUAGAUGAUGGGAGCUCAUGGCUGGACGGUCAGGGUGGCAGAUACCCCACCUCCAAGGAAUAGCGCUAGAGCUCAUAUGAUAUCAUUACUGCACCUGCUGAUAUUUCCACAGUUGGACUCCCCAGCCCUGUGGUGCCCUUUCAUUGCAUUCCACAGACCUAAAUUUUUUUUUGUUUUUUGUUUGUUUUUGAUUAUUAUUAUGCUUUCAAGAAUUAUCUGGAGAUAUUAAUAUUGGUUCAUUAUUCAGGGCAUCUUUCAUUUAUUGGUCACACAGACCAGCUUGCUGGAAGACAUCUUAAUAUAUUUAUCUUUUCUCACAAACACAUUCCUCCUCUCUGUAUAACAGAGCUGACUUAUGCUGGAGACUUGUUCAAAAAUGUAGAGAUGAAUUUUUUGUGGAUUAUUUAUGAUAUUAUUGGCACUUGCCAGUUAUGGGGUAAUAGUAGUCGUACGGGUGGAGUAGGGACGUAUUAAAAAUGAACAGGGUAUGGUGGGGUCCCAGCCAUCCUUUGAAGUGAACAAAGGAGUUUGAUCAGAAUCCUGCCAUCCUUUGGCUGCAUUCAAAUUGCAUUAGAGUGCACCUUACAAUAGAGAUGACUGCUAAUUCCUUUGAAAGUUUGUCUCCCAUAGACAUUUUGUCUAUUGUCUCUUUUAACUAUUCACUUAAGGGCUCAUCCAGACUUGAACUAAUUCCCAGCUGCUGUAUGUUGGGAACUGCAGCACCAACUGCCUGAAUAUGGAAGCUGUGACCUUUCUAAGUCCGAACUGCCAACUGCUUAAUCUUCGGUGUAAUCUUGAUACACAGGUUCUUAACCUUUCUGAGAACAAGGUCUGGCUUAUUCCAAGUCAAAGGGUAGGCUUGAUCUGAGGGAUGUUUUUCUCAUGCCUAAGGUCAGAUAUGAUACAAUACAUAGCCCAUGAAAAUCGUCAGUCUUGAGAUGGUGAAUUAUAAUACAUAUUUGAUUUCAUUUUAAUUUAACCAAAAUGAUUUGUUAGGAAAUACCCCGGGAACGAAAUUGUGGGUUUUAUCCAAAACAUGGAGAAUGCACGAGAAGGGAAGUGAACCACACAAAUAGUUUCACUGUGGGUGUGUGAAUGUAUGUGAGAAAGAGAGCAUGUGUCUGUGUCUGUGUCUGUGUGUGUGUGUGUGUGUGUGUGUGUGUGUCUGUGCAUGUCUGUGUGUGUGUGUGUGUGUGUGUGUGUGUGUGAGGCCUGCCUGUGCACAUAUAUGUGGAAGCUUUUUUUAAUGUGCAUAUGCAUGGCAAAUUUUUGAGAUGAGCCAUUCAUACUGAAUGAAGUGUAUGAGUUGGAUGUGUACUCAGCAGAUUCAUUGUGUAAAAAUAGAAUAUGUUGUGUGUAUGUGUACUUCCAUAUGGUAGAAGAGCAGUAAUUAGAUGAGGCAAGAUCCUGUAACAUCAGUGAGUAACAUUAAAACAAUUUAAAGUCAUUCAUAGCCUCCUUAAAUUAGCUUAUUUAAAUGGAUUGUUCAAUUUCUGACAUCUAAAUCUGUUUCAGAUUUAGUGUAUAUUUGUGAUGCAGUAACUGGACAGUUUUGUGGAAGGAUAUUUUGGAUAUUUAGAGAAAUAGUGAAGAUACUGGUUCACACGACGAGGUAUGUCUCCUUAUUCAAUCCAAAAAAAUGUUUGAAUCCCAUGAUUUCAAAUCAUACCAGAAAGCCAAAGGAUACUAUGAGGUGAAAGUGUUUCAGGUAUAUGACAGGGAUAGAGAGGCUAAUUAUGACAUGGCAUCAUUUCUAAAAAUGACUAUAGGUUUAACAAGCUAGUUUUCCAGUAGUAAAGAAACUCAUGUCAUAAGCUCCUUGUGUCUUUUAAAGCCAGGACUUUUGUUGAAUUAAUUUGAAUUUCCCAGUUUCAUAUAAUGCUAAUUUUUGUCAUGCAGUGUACUGAAUAAGGAAAUCCCUUGAUUUAAUUUUCAUUCGUUCAUCCUCAGGGUCUUUGACAAGGUGACAGUAGCCCUGAAUAGGAAUCUACUGAAAUUUGCUUUGGAAAGGCACCAGCACUGGCACUGGUUUUAAGAAGAAUGGCCAAUGUAGACGAGAACUGGAAUUACAGGAAGGGCAUAGACAUUAGUUUUGCUGAAUCAGUUGGCUAUGUGCUGUGUAACUGCAGCCAGAUGUAGAAUGAAAGCAUGAAUGCACAGGCUUAAAAGUUUGCCUCGUUACUUACAUAAAUCUGAAUAUAUUUGUAAUUUUAAAGAGUUUGUGAACUCCGACUUAAUUAAAUCCUUUGUGUUCUGGUCCACUUUGAGAGUUGAACUACCUUGCCUUUGGCAAGUAGCAGUUUUUCUCUUAAGUCUUUCCUAUUUUGAUGUUAUUAUAACUAUUAUUAUGUAGAACUGUCAAAUUCCUAACCCUAUAUUUAUUAUAUUUAUUUAUUAGAUUAGCUUAUUUUUCUAAAAUCCUUCACAAUGAUUAUAGGUGAUCCCAUAUGAUACAGAGAGGGUAGGAAGGGUUAGCACACUUAUGACCCAACAAGAUAUAUUUUAAUUCAAUCAAGGAAACAGAAUCUGUAACCAAAAGGUUGCAUGAUUAAAUCCAUAGUGGGGCACAGGUGUUGUACCUUGAUAUAAACCGAUUAUUUUACAGUUAAAAUCAAGAUGUUCACAUGUAUAGUACAUGUAUAUGUAAAGUAAUCUGGUUAAGGAUAUUUUGUAACCAAAUAAAUCAUGUUAUUUCAUUUGCGAUGCAUCUGUACAGAAUUUGAAGGGAGUUUGGUGUGUUGUAUUGAAGUGGACAUGGACACUGAUUGAGUGGUAGGUACUGCACAUGCUCAGUGUUCUGCAGGGACUUAAUAAUACACAUUAGAGGUGUAUUAAGUCAUUUGUGGCUUUGUGAAUAUAGCCAUGAACACAAGCAACAGAGUGCAGCACUGAUGAAUUUCCAAUUAAAUAUUGAAGUUCAAUCAGUCUGUUGUGUUUUUUUCUUUUUUUGUUGUUGUUGUUGUUGUUGUUUUGUUGUUUGUUUUGUUUACAAAAUACUAGUCCUGUUUCAAAAUUCACCAGUCUUUAACUUGCCAUCAGAUAUUAAAGCCACUUUAACUCCUGUAGCAAGAUGUUUAGUCCUUUUGUAAACAUCAGACCUUUUUCCCCAAAUUAGUUUUUCUCGUGUAAAGUUAGUCCUUGGAAAGCAGAAAAACCCAGAAAAUCUAUUUCUGUUUUUGUUGUGAAAUGCUUAAUUUUUGUUUGUCUUCACACAACUAUAUUACAUUUAUUUAAUUGAAAGUACUUAACUUAUUGUAUAAAAUGUUUGAUAUUAUUUUAAAUGACAAAUUAUUUUAAUACUUUCGUAGUUUAUUUUUUGGUCUGUUUCGUUUUCCCCAAAGUAUUCUUUCACUUCUUGCACUUUUUGUCGGUUAGGCUGUAUGUAUUAUUGAAAUAAUUGUGCAGUAGGAGUGGAAUUGCAUGUGAUGAUGGAUUCAGCAAAUAUAUGUUUUGUAUGGGUAUCUAUCUAUAUUGGGUAAUACAGUAACCACCAAUGUUGUAGGUUUGUGAAAAAUGUUUGAAAUCAGCAACUUUGCAGUUGUGUGCAUAUAUAUACAAAGUUUGCUAUUAUUUGUGUAAUUAUGCUUGUACAUAUUCUGUUGUAGAUAAAUGGGUUGCCUGUCAAAUCAUAUUUUCAGGGUAUGGCUUUUUGUAUCGCCAUAGUGAGCAAUGUUUGAAACCUUGCACAAUAUAUUUAUUUAAUUCAAAAUUAAUGUCCAGUUAUUCCUGAGGAGCUUAUAGUGCCAUACAUUUUCUCUUUCCAAAAAUCAGUUGGGCCUGUUAAGUACAAAGAUUUGCUUUUACCUUUGUUUUCAUUUGAUUUGAACACAUAUGAUGGGAAUUGUUCUCUUUUGUUUUCUCAUAUUUAAUGAGUUCAGCCAUCCAAUUGUUUGUUUAUGAUGUUAAAUUAAAUUCCCUUUUACUAGCAUUGCAAAAAAUCCAUUACUCAGACAAGUAGCUUCCUGUAUAGAUUAAACCCAUUGAUAGUGUGCUAAUGUAAUUGAUAUAAUUAUAUGCUAUAUGUUGAAAGACUACAUUUUCAUUAGGAAGCCAUUCAGAAAAAAAGUAUGCAUGACUUGUAAGGGCCAUACAUAAUGUACGAUUUGUAUAAUCGACUAAAAUGUUUCUCUGAAGUUUAUUUUAAAAUAUUGAUUGAAUUUUCUAGAAAGAAGGUUGUGAUUAAUGAAAUGCAGUUAAAUGCAAAAGUAUUGGAACAGUGACACCAUUUUCUUGUUUUGGCUCUGUGCGUCUGCACAUUGGGUUUUAAAUAAAACAGUAAAUAUGAGGUUUAAAAUAUGAGGUCCUCAGCUUUAAUUUGAGGGUAUUUGCAUCUAGAUCAGGUGAUCCAUGUAGGAAUUUGCAAGUGAAAUCCUAACUUGGCCAGUCAAGAUCAUUCCACUUUUUGGCCCUGAAAAACUGUUGGAUUUCUUUAGCAGUUAGUUUGGGCUCAUUGUCCUGCUGCAAGGUCAAGUGCCGUCCAAUGAAUUUUGAGGCAUUUGGCUGGAUCUGAGUAGAUGUUUCUGUACACUUUAGAAUUCAUCCUGCUGCUGCUGUCAGCAGUCACAUCAUCAAUAAAGAGAAGCGAGCCAGUUCCAGUAGCAGCCAUACAUGCCCAAGCAUUAAUACUUCCUACACUGUGUUUCACAGAUGAGGUUGUGUUGUGCUUUGGAUCAUGAGCAGCUCUCCAUACUUUCCUCCUUCCAUCACUUUAAUACAGGUUAAUACUCUUGCCAUCUGUCCAUAAGACAUUGUUCCAGAACUCUAGUUUCUUAAUAUACUUCGUAGCGACUCUAGCCUGGCUGUUCUGUUCUCGAGGUUUACCAGUGGUUUGCAUCUUGCAGUGAACCCUCAGACGUUAUGCUGGUUUAUUCUCUGUUUUAAUGGUAGUUUUUGACACAUCUAUGCUCACAUCCAGGAGAAUGUUCUUGAUCUGACUGACAGUUGAAAAUUGUUUUUUCUUCACAAUUGAACGUAUUAUUUGGUCAUCCAGGACAGCAGUCUUCCAUUGUCUACCAGGUCGUUUGCUAUUGCUAAACUCGCUAGUGCAUUCUUUUUUCCUAAAAAUGCAUCAGUUGACACAUACAAUGUUUUAGUUCUGUCUCUGGUAGAUUUAUUCACAUUUUCCAGCCUCAUGACGGCAGGCUUUACUGGCAUUGACACUUACUUGGUCCUAAUGUUGAGACACAAGAACACAACAGACUCCAAAUGCAAAUUCCACACCUAGAAUCUACCCAACCGUUUAUUAGAUUUCUUGUGCAUGAAUUAAUGAUGCAAACACGCACCGCUGGCUAUAUAACAGCAGAGCAGGCAACUGUCCAAUUACUUUUGUUCCCCUAAAAUGGCAGACUGUAUAAAAAGGGCUGUAAUUCCUACACAGAUCACCUGAUAUGGACAUAAGCACCCUCAAAUUAAAGCUGCUAGUCUGCACUUUAACCUCAUAUUCAUGGGAUUAUUUCAAAUGGUCUGGAGUGCAAAACAACAUUAACAAUAUAAAAUUGUGUGACUGUUCCAGUUCUUUUGAACUGUACAUGGUGAAUAAUAAUUGAAAAUUGAAGUACUGAUCACAAUACACUUCAAGGUGUCCUUGAAGCAUUUGGUUCAAAGUGCUAACUUAAUAUGCCGAACACUGUACAACAUUUCAAUUAGGUUAUUUGUUUAAAUUCACUGAAUUCAUUAAUAGUUUUUUUUUUUUUUUUGAUUAUUACAUUUGUUAGAAGCUUCAUGGGCAAUAUUUGGAUAUUACUUAUAAGAUCUACAUUUAUGCAAUCAUUUAUUCUGAAUUCCUGCCUAUUCUUAUUAUAUUAUGUGAAAGUAAUUACGCUUAUGUUUUACUUAUGUUUCCAAAAGUUAAGUACAAACAUGUUUGGAUAAUUAUGAUGCGAAUUACCAAAAAGUUUUAAAGAAUGACACAUUUACUGUAUAAAGCAUUUUAAACUUAAACCUCAACAAAUGAAGUUUUUUCCAUGAGCCAUUACAUUACUGAGUACAUCCUGUAAAGAAUAGAUUAUUAUGAAAUAUUGUGAAAUACUGAAAUGCACAAAAUGAAAAUAAUAUAUCACUGGAAGGUAGAGAUUUUCUUUCCUAUUUAUAAGCAUGUACAAUUUUCGGCCCUUUGCCACUCUCCUUUUAUGUAUGAUUUCAUAAUGGUGGAAAUUGAUUAUUUUUUAUGAUAAAUGAAUUUAAACCAAUAUUUAUUUUACAUGUGCGAAAUCAUGAAUGGGAAUCUAUGGUGAUGUGUGAUCUAUAUAUAUAUAUAUAUAUAUAUAUAUAUAUAUAUAUAUAAUUUGAGAACUGGUUAACUAACCACAAAAUUAUUGCGAUGGCCAUCCCACUCUUCAGUUUAAUAAUAUUAAAUUAAAAUCUUUUUGUGAAAUAGAAUUUCUUGUUUAAAAAAUUGGUUGAUAUGAAAAAUAUCACAUUCCUAUUUUUAUUUUUAUUAUGUUUUGAGCGUAACAUGUAGCUCAUUACCUAUGUUGUUUAUUUUAUACAGCCUUUUUUGCUCAUCUUUAUCAAGGGUGCCAAUUUUAGAGAGUACUAGUGUGUAGUGACCUUAUAUUUGGCUGAUUUGGCUGCACUGUUAAGUGAAAUCAACUUCCCUUAUUUACCAACUAUGCUAAAGCUCCUCUGAUCUUGAGUUUCUAAGUCAUGUGCUGUCUAUGCUCCUGUAUCUGAUUUCGAACACAUUUCUUGGUGCCUUAGAAGUCGUAUUUUUCAUGUGUGUCAAUGAGAUGCAGUAUUUAUAUAUAGUGGAGGGGGGAAAGCUGCUUUGAAUAAACUAUGAAAUU